AUGCCAAAUAUAGCAGUCUUGGAACAGCUCUACAGGGCCCUCGACGGGGCUACUGGAGCUCGCUGCUGGACGAGGCGCAGCAGCUGGUUGCCCGAAUCAGACAGCUUGCGUCCAGCUGUUCUAGGUCCUCGCAUUCGGAGGGACGAGUCAAAAUCGCGCGGUGGGAGCAUCAUUCCGACUUUCUUGCGACGUGCUAUUACAAGGGAUACAUUGGACGCUAAGCAAUUAGGCUGGCUGGGCAGGUAUUUGGUCUCGCACGAAUACUGUUUGUCAGUGAUCGCGUACGUAUUUUGCGUACGUCUUGCUGGUAGCGGCCCCUGGUACUGCCACCGCGAGCCGUACCGUGGCGUGGUCCGUGGAGGCGUGGAGCCGCUUCUGCACGUUGCUAGAAAGGGCCAGACUCACAAAAGCCAAAAGUGA